GUUGGUUUUGACCCACACCCACCCAUGAGAGCCCCUGGGCUGCCCUCGAGCCUGGCAUCCAUCCCUGGAGGGAAGNGAGCCUACUCCUUCCACGUGAGCGCGGACGGGCAGAUGCAGCCCGUGCCCUUUCCCCACGACGCGCUGGCGGGGCCCGGCAUCCCGCGGCACGACAUCAGCCAGCCGGGCAGCAAGAGCCCCAUCUCCCAGCUGGACUGCCUGAACAGAGAUAACUACAUCCGCUCCUGCAAGCUGCUCCCCGACGGCCGCACGCUGAUCGUGGGAGGGGAGGCCAGCACCCUCACCAUCUGGGACCUGGCGUCCCCCACACCGCGCAUCAAGGCCGAGCUCACCUCCUCUGCCCCCGCCUGCUAUGCCUUGGCCAUCAGCCCCGACGCCAAAGUCUGCUUCUCCUGCUGCAGCGACGGCAACAUCGCCGUCUGGGACCUGCACAACCAGACGCUUGUCAGGCAAUUCCAAGGCCACACGGACGGUGCCAGCUGUAUAGAUAUCUCCCAUGACGGUACGAAGCUGUGGACGGGGGGGCUGGACAACACGGUGCGCUCCUGGGACCUGCGGGAAGGGCGGCAGCUCCAGCAGCACGACUUCACCUCCCAGAUCUUCUCCCUGGGGUACUGCCCGACGGGCGAGUGGCUGGCGGUGGGCAUGGAGAGCAGCAACGUGGAAGUGCUGCACCACACGAAACCCGACAAGUACCAACUGCACCUCCACGAGAGCUGCGUCCUCUCCCUCAAGUUCGCCUACUGCG